GUAACAAAAUGCAUUAAGUCUAAGACUAUGUGACAACACACUUGUGCAUUCUAAAACCAUUUUACAUUUUAAAAAUAAAAUAAAGUAUAAUUAUAAUGAAACAAGUUUGAUGCUGAUGUAGGAGCCACUGCAAAACUAUCUUAAAAUCAAACACUGAUCCACUACACUGAGUUGAAUGACUGACAAGAAUGGUGCAACUGCUACAGGAAAGAAUUCUCAACAUGAAAUUCACAGCAUUUACAAUUCACCAGUUUUUAAAUCUUUCAUGGCUGGAGCAAUCAGUGGGACUUGCUCUGCCAUAUUGUUUCAACCUCUAGACCUAGUUAAAACUAGGUUACAAAAGUCUGAUAAUGUUGGAUUGGGCAUGUUUGCAGCCAUUCGAAAUGUUGUUCGUCAAGAAAAGAUCACUGGCCUAUGGAAUGGUCUUAUACCUUCACUUGUGCGAUGUGUUCCGGGUAUUGGCUUUCAUUUUGCCAGUCUUCAUUGGCUGAAGUCCACAUUUGGAAGUGAGAACCCUCACCCAUUUGAAUCUGCACUGAUAGGAGCAUCAGCCAGAACUAUUGCAGGCAUCCUGGUGCUACCUGUUACAGUCAUGAAGACCAGAUAUGAGAGUGGUGACUUCCAUUACAGUGGACUACUACAAGCAUUGAGAUUGACAUACAGAAAAGAAGGAUUUAGAGGUCUGUACAGUGGCCUUGGUCCAACAAUGUUACGUGAUGUCCCCUUCUCAGGCAUCUACUACAUGUUUUAUUCACAGCUUAGAACUUUGACCAGAGAUAAGCAAACAUUUACAGCCCCAUACAUCCACUUUACCAAUGGAAUAUUAGCAAGCUGCUUGGCUUCAUUAGUAACACAACCAGCUGAUGUGAUCAAGACUUACAUGCAGCUUAAUCCACAGAAAUAUGCCAAGUUCUCCACAGUGAUCAUCUAUAUAUAUACAGAGCUGGGGCUGGUUGGUUUCUGGAGAGGUAUUGUCCCUCGUACUGUAAGACGUACUUUGAUGUCUGCUAUGUCUUGGACCGUAUAUGAAGAGAUAAUGAGGGCAUGCAAUAUUAAAACCUAGAUCAAAAUAUGAGAUUAAGAUCUGACAUUGGAAGAGAAUAAAUUGACUAUCUAAGUGGUCUCCAAGGCUGUUGGUUUGUUUUAGCAGUUUUUCUGUGGAUCUGUUUCAGAUUGCAUAAGACAGAACCAAAGAAUGGUUUUCACUAAGUGGAUAUUGUUUUCUAUGAAAACAUGUUUUACAGAGCACAUUAUAUGCCUUGUACCAGUAGAUAUAUUGUCCACAUCAGUAUGAUCUGGCCUGAGCUAUUUAAUUCCCAAG